AUGCUGAGGGUGUCAAUGCGUUUUGUAUCUGGCAGAUACCAGAGGGACGGACUUCAGUGGCUUGCGUCACUGCAUGCCAAUGGCCUCAACGGUAUCCUUGCAGACGAGAUGGGACUCGGCAAGACAGUCCAGGUGAUCGCACUCCUUUGCUAUCUCGUGGAGGUGAAGAAGAUUCCGGGGCCUUUUCUCAUUGUGGCGCCAGCAUCUGUUCUUCCCAACUGGGUGGCCGAGUUUGCCCGAUGGGCGCCUUCCUUGCGUGUUUCCAGAUAUUCUGGCAUGCCUGACAAACGGGCUGCUAUAUUCAGUCGUGAGAUCAACUCAUGGACACGGUGCCCUCAUAACAAUGGGAGUGAUGUUGGAGAGGCGCAGCAAAAGUGGCUGGAGGAGCGAGGAGUGGCAAACGUGGUGGUGACCACGUAUGAGAUGCUCAUGGGCAAGUUUGACCGCCCGCGGUUGAUCCGCCUGUCGUGGGAGUAUGUGGUGCUGGACGAGGGGCACAGGAUCAAGAGCGCGGAGUGCAAGCUCAACGCCCAUCUCAAAUCAUACAAGUCAAAUCACCGGAUUCUUCUCAGUGGCACGCCUAUCCAGAACAACUUGGAGGAGCUCUGGUCGCUUCUCAACUUCCUCCUGCCCUCCGUCUUCAACUGCGCAUCAGACUUCGCCUCCUGGUUUUCCCAGCCGCUAUCACACGUUCUGCCCAAAAAGGCGGGCGCGAGCGCUCAAGGCGGAAGUGCAGACUCAGAGCAGGAGGAUGUGUUGGGCGAGGAGGAGAGGCUGCUGCUGAUCAACCGACUGCAUCAGGUCCUUCGGCCGUUUGUCUUGCGGCGACUCAAGCAUAAGGUGGCAUCAGAGCUGCCAAAGCGCCUGGAGCGCCGUAUUCCAUGUGCUGCGUCUGCAUACCAGCAGUGGCUCAUUCAGCAAGUUCUGCAGCAUCAAGACCUCUCUGCAGGCACCACCAACGCUCCGGUUAACAACGUUUACAAUUUCAGCCUCCCGAUGACAAGGAAGAGAAGCGCCCCUUCCAUCAUGAACGGAGUAAUGGAGCAGCGGGGCAUCUGCAACCAUCCGUUCCUCUCCACGCUGCACAACCGAGAGGUGGAGGAGAAUCUUCCAAGCGGGCCCCUCCCGCCGCUGCUCAGCACGUGUGGGAAGCUGGAGACUUUGCACCGCAUCCUGCACAAGCUACACGCAGCUAAGCACAAGGUGCUGCUGUUCUGCACCAUGACCCGGCUGCUGGACAUUGUGGAGGAGUAUAUUGAAGGGCAGCAGAAGGCGCAUGCAGAAGUGCAGGAGAAGAACGAGCAGAAGAGGAAGCUUCUGUUGGACCAGGAGAAGCAGCAGCAGCAGGCAAAGUCGAAACAGCAGAAAUGCAAGGCGGUGGAGGAGGGAAAGGGUUCAAGCGGGCAGCGGCGGGUGACCAGACGCCAGCAGCAAGCAGAAGCGGAGCAGUUGAUCAAACAGACAACUGAAGUGCAUGCUCCCUCCAGCUCUGCCACACCUACAACCAGUAACCCUUGGAACUACUUCAGGCUGGAUGGAAGCACUGGCGGCAGUGACAGGGAGGAGUUGGUUCGCGAGUUCAACAAACCGGAUUCUGAUGUCUUUAUCUUCCUCCUCAGUGUGCGCGCUGGAGGGGUGGGAAUCAACCUCCAAGCAGCAGAUACGGUCAUCAUGUAUGACACCGACUGGAACCCACAGAUUGACUUGCAGGCACAAGCAAGGGCACAUCGCAUUGGCCAGAAGAAUGAAGUCCUUGUCAUCAGGCUAGAAACCUUGGGGACUGUUGAGCACCGGGUGAGGACGGCCGCAGAAAGGAAGCUGGGGCUGGCAAAUCAGAGCAUCACAGCCGGAUUCUUCGACAAUCAGACCAGCGCUGCAGAACGGCAGACAUACCUUGAGACGCUGCUCCGCACAGAGGACCAGGGCGUGGAUGAACUUGAUGCUGCUGCACCUGCCUCAGAUGAUCACUACUGCCCCCUGGCGAUUUCUGACGCCCACCUGAACAAUUUGCUGGCGCGGAGUGAGGAGGAGAAGUCAAUUUUUGCUGCAGCAGACAGGGAAAGGGAACUGCAAGAGAAGGCAAGUGGCCUUGGAAACCCCUUUGCUUGA